CGCCUGUGUUGUUCAGACGGGAGCUCGAGUCACGAUGGCAGCAGCUAAACCUUCCGUGUCUGUGGAUCAAUACGUCUGCUCGCUGUGUCUGGAGGUCCUGAAGGAGCCGGUCACCAUCCCAUGUGGACACAGCUACUGUAUGGACUGUAUUAAUGACUGCUGGGACCAGACAGAUACACAGGGGGGCUACAGAUGUCCUCAGUGCAGAAAAACAUUUAACGUGAGGCCUGAGCUAAACAGAAACACCAUAUUGGCAGAACUGAUCGAGAACCUGAAGGAGGUGACGGCUCAUGCUGGCCCAUCUCAGAAUUACGCUGGUAUUGGUGAUGUGCCCUGUGACGUUUGUCCAGGGAGAAAACGUAAAGCUUCAAAGACCUGCCUGACCUGCAUGGCCUCCUACUGCGAGUCUCACCUGCAGCCCCACUUGGAGUUUCCGGCUUUCAAGAGACACAAAAUAGACAAGGUGACUGAAAAACUUGAAGAGAAACUCUGUGGAAAACACCAGAAGGUUCUGGAGAUCUUCUGUAGGACCGACGAGAGCUGCAUCUGCUUAUUGUGUGCGGCGACUGAACAUAAGAGUCACGACACGGUGACUCCCGAUGUGGAGAGAACUGGGAGACAGAGUCAGGCGGAAAACAGGCAGGCUGAACUAAAAACGAGAAUCGAGGAGAAAGAGAAGGAACUGGAGGAGAUGAAGGAGAUGGUAGAGAAGAUUCAGAGCUCUGCAGAGAAGGAGGUGCAGGAACACGAGGAGACCUUCAACUCGGUACUUGAGUUUCUUGAGAGGCUGAGGUCAGAGGUCACUGAGGUCAUUAGAGAUUACAAGAGCAGAGAAAUGAGAAAGGCUGACGAGAUCAUGGAGCGACUAAAGAAGGAGAUCGAGGAGCUGAAAACGAGAGACACCGAGCUGGACGAGCUUUCGCAGACAGAGGACCACAUCCAUUUUUUACAGAAGUUCUCAUCUCUCUGUGCUCCUCCUGAAGGUGGACGUUCAUCCAACAGCACUCUUAACAGAGACUUCCUCCCUGAGACCCUGAGGAAGGACCUUUCUUACCUGAAGAGGAGCCUGGAGGAGAUCAAAGGCUGGGAGUUUGUGAAGACCACUGAGACCGGGGCUGAUAAUCCAGGCCGUAUCCUGCAGAAUCUGAGAAGUAGAAAUUACCUCUUAAAAUACUCCUGUCCACUCACGCUGGACCACAACACGGCAAACAGACAACUCCGCCUGUCUGAAGGGACAAAGAGGGUGACAUGUCAGCAGGCAAUAUCACUGUAUCCUGAACAUCCUGACAGAUUUGACCAUUGGCAACAAGUUCUGUGCAGAGAAGCUCUGACGGGGGCUCGUUGGUACUGGGAGGUCGAGUGGAGUGGAGAUGAGGUUGUAAUUGGAGUGACAUAUAAAGGGAUUGAACGGAAAGGCAGAGGUAAAGAAAGUCUCUUUGGAUUCAAUGACAAGUCCUGGAGUUUUAGGUAUUUUAAUUCCCAUUACUUUUUUGAUCACAAUAAAAUAUCUACUACAACCACAUGUAAAGUACCCAAUAGUCACACAAUAGGUGUGUUUCUGGACUGUCCCGCUGGCUCUCUGUCAUUUUAUAACAUCUCAGACACAAUGACCCUCCUGCACAGUUUCAAGACCACCUUCACUGAGCCGCUCCUUCCAGGGUUUUGGAUUAAACUUAACUCAAGUGUGAGAAUCUGCUCUGAAAACCGUCUUGACCAGUGACCACUGUCACAAAACAUCAAGUGAAGUUAAUUUAAUUCUUGGUGUCUCUCUCUCUCUCUCUCUCACACACACACACAUUGUUCACUCACUGGCCACCCUUCCAUUCCUCCACCCAGAUUCACCUUGGACAUCUCUGGUCAGCCAAGCCUCAGUCCUUUAAUUGUAGUCAUCAUCAAGCAAUGAGUAAAAAAUCCUGACUUCACACUGAAAUAAACUCAACAUCUGGUGACUCCCAAGCCCUAAUUUAAGGUCACUGUUCUUAAUGACCAGAUGGUGGCGCACUCUUAAAGUUUUGAAAUUUAAACUCAACCCGAUGUAGAAUAGCAGUCAAAACUGUAGACACAGAAGGGACAUGGAGGUCAAGUCCCUGUUGCCGAGAAUAUGAAAUCCUGAUCACGUUUGUAAUUAUCAAGUGAAUGCAAAUUAGAGAUCAGAAUCGAUUGAUAAACCUAUUUGAUUCUAUUUAUUUUAUAUUAAUUCAGUCUAGGAACACAGUGGUUAACACUACUGCCUCAUACCUUCAGGAACUUGGGGUCCAAUCCCGGCCUAGCCAUAAGUCUGUGCGUAAUUUCCAUUUUCCUCAAGUGCCCAUGUGGAGUUUAAUCUCCUAAGAUUCCAGUUUCUGUCUCAGAUCCCAUAGUCCUGUGUGUCUAGUUAAUUGGGUGUGUAUGUGAGUGCACCCUGUGAUGAAGUGGCGUCACUUCCCAGGUAGAUUUCCUGUUUUGUGACUGGGAUAGAUUGGUGCGUCUCAUGACCCUGCUUCUUAUUGUGGGGUUAGUGGAUUCACCACAUUUGUUAUGGGAUGGCCUACUAUUGCACCAUAAGCUUAACACACAGACAAGUAAGCCCUGAUUAUCAGUGAUGCUUGCACAGCCUAUCACUCUUCAGUCCUUCACAUUAGGGACUCAACAGCGUUUAAAUCCUCAACACACUCUGCUAUAUUUUUUUUAUCCUUUAAAUCGCCAUAUUCAAUUUCUUGUAUUUUGAAUUUGUCAUUUUUCACCUACCCCAAAUUAUUCUUCACGUACAAACACAGAGAGAUUUUAAAUGAGAGAGGACCAGGAGGUGUAUGUGAGACAACAUUUGUGCCAGUUUUGUUCACAGGAGGUCAAAAAAACUAAACCCAGGAGUCAAAAUCUUACAGAAUGAAGCAACAGUCAAAAACCAGGAAUCAAGGAAAUCCUUUGUUAAAACCAAAAAACAAGAGCAAGGGUUUUUUAAUAAGAGUGAAGCAAUAAAAAAAAUGUUUGGAACAGCAAAUUAAGGGUUUAUAUUUAGAACUAUGUUCAAAAUGUGAAAAAUAUAGGAUGUGUGCAUGCUGACUAGAUAACAAUGCAGAGUGGAAAAGGCUGCAGGUCCAGAUGUACAACCAGUAGAAUUAUAUGAACAGUUCUCAACUCAGAUACAGCCUUUAUUGUUAUUAAUGCUUGCAGAAAUAAUAAAAAUAAUAUUCUUCAAAAAA